GAAUGGCACGGACGGACGGGCGGUCGGGCAGCGGCCGGCCGUCCGUACGGGCGGGCAGGGAGGGGAGUCGCUCCCGACGAACAUCUUGUCCGACUUCCCAAAGCGAACCAAAAAACAUCCCGGCUGACUAGCUGCGCCUCCUCCUCCUGUGCGGCUCGGCUCACAGAAGACGUGCCCCCGGCGGGACUUGACUGUGGCCUCGCCGCCGCCGCCGAGUCGCCGGACUUAUUUUUCGUCCUGGGACUACCGCUAUAGUUUUUUUUUUUAAUUUUUAUUUUUUUAACGGGGGAUUUUUCACGUUCCUAAUUUUUUUACGGAAGAAGAUGUCGGCGUGUGACGCCGGAGAAAGUGUGCCUUGUUCGUCGGGAGGCCAGCGGCGGCUUAGCUCCGAAGAGCUAACGUGCUAACGUCACAGGUGUCUUGUAAAGUGGCGAAUAACCGAACGUCUUUCCAUUUUUUUUUUCCGAGGGUUCGAUAUCGGGGUUGUCCGCCCCAGAUGCCGCCACAUUAUCCAAGUCGACGUGCCUGUAAUAGUUUCCAAUCGGCGGAGGUGUCGCAUAGCCAUUUUGUUGUUAGCUGUUAGCUUCCGAGUUAGCCGCCGUGCCGUGUUUACACCGAACGGUGGGCUAGCCCCCCUCGUUAGCCGCCGAAGCUAACGAGCGGACCCCGCAGCUACAUGUGGUUAAUCCCGAAUGUAGCUCCCGUUUGCCGCCCAAAAAGAUUUAAGACCCUGCCCGGGUCGGUUCGUACACAAGCGUACAGUAUAAGCCAGCUGCUCGGUUUUGGACAAGACGGACUCUUGAGCCGUGCCCGCCGCCUUGGACUGACCCACCCACCCACAAAAGGGGGCUAACAAUCCGACGGCGCCGAUGCUGACAGUUCGGGCCGGAGCACGGCAACGCCAAGAGCCGCCGCCACCGCCGCCGCCGCCGCAGCAGCAGCAGCAGCAACCGCGAUGCAGCCCCAGCAGAUCUACGACUUUUCCAGUGACGACAACAGUCACAAGUGGAGAGGCCUCUUCGUGCAAGCCCUACGCAAGGUGCAGAAGCAGGUCCACCCCAACCUCCAGGCCAAGGAGGACGCCCUGCAGCACAUCGAGGAGCUGAUCCUGCAGCUGCUCAACAUGCUCUGCGUGGCGCAGCCUCGCUCCGUGCACGACGUGGAGGAGCGAGUCCAGAAGACUUUCCCCCACCCGAUAGACAAGUGGGCCAUCGCCGACGCCCAGUCGGCCAUCGAGAAGCGGAAGCGGAGGAAUCCCCUGCUUCUCCCCGUGGACAAGAUCCACCCGCUUCUUAAGGAGGUCCUGGGCUACAGGGUGGACUACCACGUGUCGCUGUACAUCGUGGCCGUCCUCGAGUACAUAUCGGCGGACAUUUUGAAGCUGGCGGGCAACUACGUGGGCAACAUUCGGCACUACGAGAUCAGCCAGCAGGAUAUCAAAGUUUCCAUGUGUGCCGACAAGGUGCUGAUGGACAUGUUCGACCAGGAGGACGACAUCGGCCUGAUGUCGCAGAGCACCGACGAGCCCUCCACGUCGGGGGAGCUCACGUACGACGACCUGGUGCGGCUGGAGAUCGCCGAGGAGCGCCAGUACCUGCGCGAGCUGGACCUUAUCAUCAAAGUAUUCCGUCACCACUUCCUGUCCAACUCCAAAAUCUUCACGCCGCAGGACGUGGAGGUGAUCUUCAGCAACAUCCUGGACAUCCACGAGCUGACGGUUAAACUGCUCGGCCUCAUCGAGGACGCCGUGGAGAUGACGGCGGACGGCAGCCCCCACCCGCUGGUGGGCAGUUGCUUCGAGGACCUCGCCGAGGAGCAAGCGUUUGACCCCUACGAGACGCUCUCCCAGGACAUCCUGAGCAAAGACUUCCACGAGCACUUCAACAACUUGAUGGCCCGACCCACCGCGGGCCUCUACUUCCAGUCCGUAGCAGAAGGCUUCAAAGAAGCCGUCCAGUACGUCCUUCCGCAGCUCAUGAUGGUGCCCGUGUACCACUGCAUGCACUACUUUGAGCUCCUGCAGCAACUUCAGGAGCGCAGCGAAGAUCAGGAUGACAGGGAAUGUCUGAAACAGGCCAUCACGGCGCUGCUCAACCUCCAGUGCAGCGUGGAGCGCAUCUACGGCAAACAGCAGCCUCGGCGAAAACCUGGUGAGCCCAUGUACCGACUGUACAGUCGGCAGAUUCGUAGCAAGCAGCUCGCCAUCAAGCGCAUGAACGAGAUUCAGAAGAGCAUCGACGGCUGGGAGGGGAAGGACAUCGGACAGUGCUGCAGCGAGUUCAUCCUGGAGGGCCCGCUGCUGCGUGCCGGCGCCAAGCACGAGCGCCACAACUUCCUGUUUGACGGCCUCAUGAUUAGCUGCAAGGCCAACCAGAGCUCGCGGCUGCCGGGGUCCGGUAGCGGCGCCGAGUACCGCCUGAAGGAGAAGUUUGUGCUGCGCAAAGUGCGCAUCGUGGACCGGGAGGACUCGCUGGACUUGCGUCACGCCUUCGAGCUGAUGGGCAAGGACGAGAACUGCGCCGUGUUCUGCGCGCGGACGGCCGAGGACAAGGCGGCGUGGAUGGCGGCGUUGGUGACGCUGCAGUACCGCUCCACGCUGGACCGCAUGCUGGACACGGUGCUGCAGCACGAGGAGCAGGCGCACCCCCUCCGGCUGCCUUCGCCGGAGGUGUACCGCUUCGCUGUGCAGGAUUCCGAGGAGAACAUCGUCUUUGAGGACAAAGUGCAGAGCAAAACGGGCAUCCCCAUCAUCAAAGCGGGCACCGUGGUCAAACUCAUCGAGAGGCUCACCUACCACAUGUAUGCUGAUCCAAACUUUGUGCGCACUUUUCUGACCACGUACCGAUCAUUCUGCAAGCCUCAGGAGCUUCUGACGCUGCUGAUUGACAGGAUCGAAAUCCCAGAGCCGGAGCCCACAGAGGAGGACCGGCAGGCCCUGUGGAACGGCGACCAGCCGAUGGCGGCCGAGCUCCAGAGGUUCCGGAAGGAGUACGUGCAGCCGGUCCAGCUCAGGGUUCUGAACGUUUUCCGCCAGUGGGUGGAGCAUCAUUUCUACGACUUUGAAAACGACCCCGAGCUGAGGAGCCGCUUGGAGGAAUACAUCACGAGCAAAAUCCAGCUGCGAGGCAAGUCCAUGCGCAAGUGGGUGGAGUCCAUCAACAAGAUCAUCCGGCGCAAGAUGCAGACGCAGUCCAACGGCGUGAGCCACAACAUCACCUUCGAGAGCCCGCCCCCGCCCGUCGAGUGGCACAUCUGCCGCGCCGGCCAGGUGGACUCCUUCGACCUCAUGACCCUGCACCCCAUCGAGAUCGCCCGGCAGCUGACCCUGCUGGAGUCCGAGCUGUACAGAGCCGUGCGUCCGUCGGAGCUGGUGGGCAGCGUGUGGACCAAAGAAGACAAAGAAAAGAACUCGCCCAACUUGCUCCGAAUGAUCCGGCACACCACCAACCUCACGCUGUGGUUUGAGAAGUGCAUCGUGGAGACCAUGAACCUGGAGGAGCGCGUGGCGGUGUGGACUCGCGUCAUCGAGAUUCUGCAGGUCUUUCAGGAGCUCAACAACUUCAACGGCGUGCUGGAGGUGGUCAGCGCCAUCAACUCGGUCCCCGUGUACCGCCUGGACCACACCUACGAGGCAAUACCUGAGAGGAAGAAGAAGAUCCUGGAGGAUGCUGUGGAACUGAGUCAAGACCAUUUCAAGAAAUACUUAGCCAAACUCAAGUCCAUCAACCCGCCCUGCGUGCCUUUCUUCGGUAUCUACCUGACCAACAUCCUCAAAACGGAGGAGGGCAAUCCGGACUUCCUGAAACGCCACGGCAAGGAGCUGAUCAACUUCAGCAAGCGGAGGAAAGUGGCGGAAAUCACCGGCGAGAUUCAGCAGUACCAGAACCAGCCCUACUGCCUUAAAGUGGAGCACGACAUCCGGCGGUUCUUUGAGAACUUGAACCCCAUGGGCAACAGGAGCGAGAAGGAGUUUUCGGACUACUUGUUCAACACGUCCAUGGAGAUCGAACCCAGGAACUGCCGACAAGCGCCUCGAUUUCCCAGGAAGACCAGCUACACCCUGAAGUCGCCGGGGAUCCGGCCCGUGCGAACGUCUACCUCCGGCACCCUGAGGGGCCACCCCGUGCCCCUGGAGAGGGAGCCCGCCCACAAGAUCACUUUCCGGAGCAUCGCCGAGACGGACGCGGAGGCGCCGGCGUCCGUCUCGGUGCCCACGUCGCCCAACACGCCGACGCCGCCGCAGUCGGCCUCCUCGGACCUCAGCUCGGUCUUCAUGGAGCCCGACCUCAGCGGCUCCUGCGGCGGUUCCAACUCCAUUUUUGCUCCGGUUCUCCUGCCGCCUUCAAAGUUCCAGUCGGUGUCGUGCGGCAGCCUCCACCAGCUGGGGGAGGAGCUCCUCAGACCGCCGCCACUCCCGCCCCGCAGGAAGGACACCAUGUCGGAAAGCAAAAGCUCCUCCCGGCCCGACAGCCCCCCCGCCAUCCCUCCGCGGCUGCCCCCGCCGCUCCCCCGGACGCAGCCGCGCACGCCGGGCUACAACGGCCCCCCGGACGGGCCGCUGCCCAGCCCUCCCCCGCCUCCCCCCCGCGACCCCCUCCCCGACACGCCGCCGCCCGUGCCCCAGCGGCCCCCGGAGAUCUUCAUCAACUACCCCCUCAGCCUGCAGCCCUCGCCGGUGGGCCGCUACCACUGGGACUUCGGCAGCUCGCCCAGUUCGCCCAACACGCCGCCGAGCACGCCGUCCCCGCGCGUCCCCCGACGGGGCUGCCCGCUCAGCGCCAGCCAGAACAGCCUGUGCCCGCUGCCGGCCCCCGCGGUCGCCGCCCCGCCCGUGCCCCCCCGCCACAACUCCGGCCCGCAGCUGCCCAAGCUGCCACCAAAGACGUACAAGCGGGAGCUGCCGCACGGCCUCUCGCUGGCGGAGAACAACGCCUCGGGGGACCCGUAGCCCGCGCCGACGGUCGGCGCGCCCGCCUCACCUUUCCGAGGCUCGAACCUCAACUCGCUCAGGCCUUUCUGUUUGGGGUUUGCUCUCCUUCGGGUACGCUUGCUCUCCCCCACUUUGUUUAAAAAAAAAAAAAAAAAAAAAAAAAGCGCAUGCGAGCUCCACCGAAGACUAAAGUGAGUGCGAAUGUUUGUCGAAACGCCCUCGGACUGAGUGGCGACCAGUCCGGGGCGUGCCCGGCCGGUCCUCUCGUCCCGAGUCGUCCGGGAUCGGACAAGCGCUAUAAACCACGGUUGUUUGUCGACCGCUCCGGGGCGUCCCCUGCCUCUCUCGCCCAAAAGACUCGCGAGGAUCUCGUUUUGGAAAGUUCUCACUGUUGUAGCUUCAACUGUUACGCUUCCUUCUCACCGAACAGCUGCCAAAGUCUUAUUAUCAAAUAUUUUAUGCAGGGGGAUAAGGGAAAGGGAUUGUUUUUUUUUUUUUUUUUUUUUUUUCCCCUGGUUUGUUAGUUUUUUACGUGACUUUGAAGGGGCGGCAGUGAUUCCGCUCCCACCCCCCACCGGACCCCCCCAACUCUACACUGUGACUGUUUCCAAGCCACACAAGAAGUUGCCUUCCCUCUCCCCGGCUCGGAAUUAUUAUUAUUAUUAUUUUUUUUUUUUUUGCACAUCGAGCUCCCGGCGAAGUUCGAUUCCCGUCAAGCCACGAUGUCAAAACGGCAGCGGGAGGAGGCCGGUAUGCCACGUCUUAAACUCAAACGACCCCCCCACACCCCCCACCCCCACCUAAGCGCCGAAUACUUAAAAAAACAAAACUUUCUCCCCCACCGAGACUGAAAAGCGCCGCUCAGAUGUGCCUUUUUUGUUUUUUUUGUUUUCUACUUUACGGUGUCUCUAAUAAUAUGCUAAAAUGAAAAAAAAAAAAAAAAAAGAAAAACAAGUUGCCUAUGUAACGUUUAGAACAAAAGCUAUACGACUAUGAAAUUGUACAUGUUUGUGGAUAGUGUGUGUGUAUGUGUGUACACAUAUAUAUAUAUAUAUAUAUAUAUAUAUAUAUAUAUAUAUAUAUAUAUAUACAUAAUGUGUACACUGACUAAAUAAUUUGUAUAAAGUGAAGUUUCUGGUUGUACUCUCAUCCACAGCUGUUCAGUCCAAUAAUGCCUGAUAAUAACAUGAAUAAUAACAAGAAGCGAUGCUGCUACAUUCGGAUAAAAACUGAAAAAAACAAAACAACAACCUAACGUUCUUUCUGACAAUCUCCAGUGGAAGCCAUUUUGUUCCUCGCUAAAGUUGUAAAAGGAAAGAAAAAAAUUAAUACGAGAAGCAUUUCAGCCUACUAAGACUUAGUCAUGACUUUUUCUUUGUUUUUGUUUUUUUUGGGGGGGAGGGAGAGAAACACACUUGUGCACUUUAGGCUGUCCUGUUUUUUAGGAGCCAGUGUUUUUUUUUUUUUUUUUUUUUUCAUUUUAAUUUUUUUGUUUGUUUUCUUCCUCCCACGACAGAUUGAAAACAAAUCCAUCUCCCGCAUCCAUAACAGUUAAAAAAAAAAAACUGCUUCUCUUCUUUAUUUCCUUUCAAACGGAGAAGCAAAAACAUUUUUAUUUUUAGUCAGUAUUUUUGGGUUCUUUGCUGGGUUCUCCGGUUGCUAUGUGGCCUUUUAAUUGCUUUGUGUUAUUAUUAUUAAUAAUAACAACAGUCUUGAUGAGUUGAAUAAAUCACCCAGUCUUAUUUUCUAC